UCAGUCUUCUUGCAAAAGCAUCAGUCCGUGCGAGGGCCAGAGUGGGAGUAACUUCCAUGCAGUGCAGGGCUCCCAUCACAGAGAGCCCAGUUAGGAGCUCGCACCGUGGGGAUGACACACGCACGCUGCUGCUGCUGCUCAGCGAGCACGUUGUCAUUUGCCAGCCACUGCCCAUGGACAAGGCAGAUCGGGCCACUGAGCGAGUAACGCCCGGGGGGUGCGGGGUGGGUAUUUGCUUCCUUGCAAUGGCUCCAGCGACAGAUCCGAACAAGUGGGAGCGACACUGAUCUCCAUGGAGCCCCCUCCUGCCUCUGGCUGCUGCACCGGCUGCUGUGCGUGAAGCCGCCCCAGCCAGGACGGACCAUGCGGGGCAUCCUUGGCUUCAAGAGGCUGAGGCUGAAGAUCUGGAGGAGAUGCACGCUCCUGUUCUUCCUCUGCUGGGCUGGCUGCUGGCUGCUGGGCAGCACGUUCCUCUUCCUUGUCCACAGGAGCGUCUUCUCCGAGCGCUGCACCGACGAGAAAAGCCACAGGAUGCUGGCGAGGCUGUGUCUUGACUACAGAAAAGGAGCAUUGACUGGUGACCUUUGUGAAGACUUGUGUGUGGCACAGAAGCUGGUGUACAAGCAAUGCCUUUACUACGACAGAGGUAAGAAGGUCAUCCGGGCGGACUGGAAAGGCCAGCCAGUCAUCUUGAAAUCCAAAAAGGAAAUCUUCUCUAGCUACCAGAGCCUCAGAUUGCUUGAUGAAGUGGAAACACAGGAUGUUCCUGAGACAGAGCUUCUGCUGAUGGUAGCUUUGGAGGUCAAAAAUGUCCUGGGUCUGGAAUUAUCUAACAACACCAUGGGACCCUUAUGGACUAGGAGGAGAGGUCUGCAUUGGAAAGCACAAGUGGCCAGCAUGUGGUCCUUACUCCAGCAGGAAGAAUAUAUCUACUUCAGUCUACUGCAGGACUUCAGCAAACAUGUCCUACGGGUCAUCGGCUCCUGUGGCCACUUCUAUGCUGUGGAGUAUCUCACAGCCGGACAUGCCCGGCACAAAACUGUUUUUCCCUUGGAGGAUGCAGUUGGUCCCUCCUUCACUGGCACUAAAAGCAAGGUGAAGGCAAUCACGGACAUUGCACUCAGCUUCCUAGAUAUGGUGAAUCAUUUUGAUAAUGAUUUCUCUCACCGGCUUCACCUGUGCGAUAUCAAACCAGAGAAUUUUGCUAUCCGAAAUGAUCUCACGGUGGUUGCCAUUGAUGUGGAUAUGGCCUUUUUUGAACCUAAAAUGAGGGAUAUCCUUGAACAGAAUUGCACAGGAGAUGAAGACUGUAAUUUUUUCGAUUGCUUUUCAAAGUGUGACCUGAGAAUCAAAAAGUGUGGGGCAGAAAGGGCCAACAACAACCUGCAAGUCAUCUGUGACAAAAUAUUCCGUCACUGGUUUUCUCCAAAUCUCAGGGGACCCACAAUUUCCUUCCCUCUGCAGUUGCAAUUGCAAAAGGCUGUUCAUGAAUGUGCCAAACCAGGACCCAAGGACUUGACACAACACCAGCAAACAUCUCUGCAUUCUCUGUCUGAGUUAUACCAUUUGUUGCAAGCCAGUCAAAGAGAACUUCAAAAAGCAGCCUUGUGAAACUCACUGGUAGCAAUGAUAUAUAAUAAUCAUCAUUGCCAGCAGUCUCUCUCUCUCUCUCCCCCCCCCACGCACCCAUCCAUUGUAUUAAUUUUUACAGUGUAUAGAUUUUUUUUUUACUAUGAAAAUGAAACCCAUGGUUGAAGAUGCAGUGAAUGUUAUUAAUCCCCUUUGAAGUGUGAAAUUGUUUGACAUUAUAUGGACACUAUUCUUGCUUGGUUUUUUGAAGUCACAUUGGCUCUCCACAGUGACAUUCUGUCAUUGGUUGCCCAUAGAGUUGUGGUCUCCUGCUAAAAUAGCAUCCAGCUGAGAGCUGAUCCCAGGGUGAUGAGAUAUUUAUCUGUGGAUGGUGCUUUGAAAAUGAAAAGUGUAAAUGCUUAGCAGAACUAAUAUUAAUUUAAAAGAGAGGCAUGAGGUGUCCUUAUAUUUCACCACAGAGUGAGGGACUGGUAGGCAGGGUUCAGGACAGACUACUCUGCACAAACAGCUUCUGCCAGUAGGGAACUGCAUAGACACAUGGCUGAUUUUGUAUAGACUUCUCCUUCUGCUGCUCUCAAAGGCAUUGCCUUUCUUUAUCUUUUGCAACUGGAGCCCUAGCCGACACUGCUGGAAGAAAAUACAUCAAGUUGCUUAGGGAUUGUCUAAACAGAGAAAUUUACCAGCAUAAUCAUAGUGGUAAAAUUAUACUGCUAUAGUUAUACUGGUAUAACUCCUCAUGUGAACCCUCUUAUUCCUUUUCUGGUUUAGUUUAUCUCGCUUUGAGAGAGGUAGAUGGGACACUUUAGCAGGCCGCAGUGUACCAUAUCACUUCCUUCCCUUCUCCAUCAUGGAAGGGAUUGUGGAAAAGAGUAGGGAAUACUGGCGGCUUUUAUUUAGUACAUGCAACAUUUUUUUGGCUUUAUGGUGAUAUUUUAGUAACAAAAGGAAUUUUGCAUGAGAAGUCAUGAUCCGCAGUCAGUGGGACCAGUUACAUGAACAGGGAUUGCAGGAUUAGGACUUUAAAGCUGAUUUCCAAAGUUCUCUAGCUGUGGAGAGUCUAGCAGACAAGUUUAGAAGCUGUCUCAGUUGUGUACUGGUGCUAUGCCCGUCUGCCAUUGCUGGCAGAUUAUGGGACUGCAUAAAUGAGGCAGAGACCCGAAAAAACAAACAUUUCACAAUUUUUACUAAAAGAUCAUCAGAUGGGACUCUCCAGUUUGGAAUUUGGCAGUGCUGGGUUGGGGGCAUAUAAUUACAUUUGCAGCUUAUCUAUAUGAACAUUCUGAGGGCUGUUUCCACUCAAAAGUUAAAGCAGCCCUCCUGAGAGAUGUCGUUAAGCCAGCCUAACCCACAGGAAGAAUUCUUUUGUCAACGUAGUUACUGCCUCAUGGGGGGUGGGGGGUGGAUUAUUGACAGUGAUGGGAGAACCCCUCCCAUCGCUCUUAUGUCUACAAUGAAGCAUUACAAUGGUGCAGCAGCUGUGCAGCUGCAGUGUGUUAAGUGUAGACAUACCCUUAAAUCACAGCAGGCUAAUGUGGGAUAGAUUUACAGCCCAGUAUUUUGCCACUUUGAAACUGCUUUACAGACAUUAGUCUUCACAACAGCCCUAAAGCUUGGCAGAAGUACUAUUUUAUUCACAGGCCUUGUCUAGCUAGGAAAUGGGCGUUCUCUUUAAAGAGGGUUAGCUCAUGUGAUUUUAAACACCUCUUAGCACCUAAAAACGCAUUAGCUAGCUAGGAGAAGUCUAGGAUUCCUCAUGACUAGCUAACAUGUUCAUAAGGAUGUUAAAUCAUGGUGCUUAAUCAUGUAAGCCCUAAGUAGUGUUUCAAAUUAUGUUAGGUUUUACACCAGCGAGAAUGAGGUUAAAGAACUUGCCCAGGGCAAGGCCAGGGAACUGAGUCAAGAUUAGAACUCAGAAAUCCUUGGAUGGUAAAUCUUUGCUUAAUCCACACUUUUUUCUAAGAAAUCAGAGAGACAUUUUAAAAAAAAUAAUCCUCAGCUAAAGUAGAAAACGUACCAAAAAGCCCAGGCCCUGUCAGAAAGCUGAGGUCACCCAUGAUGUCAUUAGAAAAUGUAAUGAAACUGGUUGAGGAGAAACAAAAUCAAACUGGAUGGAAUCUGCAAUCACUGAACUGAAUCAAAGAGAGACGCCUGCAAGACAAAUGCAUUAAAGAUUGUGAGGUGGUCAGAUCCUAUGUAAAGGGGGCCAGAUAAGUACCAUAAAUAGAAAGAAGGUGGGAAAAGGGACAAAGGAAAAGUCAGGGAAAAAUAGGUUAAAAAAAUAAUACAGCUCAGCUUCUGGUUGGCUCUGUGUAUAAUGCUGUCCUCUUGCAAUUGGCCAAGGUAAGGUGCCUUAUUUCUAAGAGAUGGGGAUGGGGGCAGAAAACUCUGUUAGCUCAAAUGGCACAGGGCUGUGGGGCCUUUUGGACUAGGAUAGAGAGCUCUGUUAUCCAUGGUGCAUGUGUGCAGUAGAGAUCUUUGUCCUGAUCCAACUAUGGGAGGUGGAUCAGGCCCCAUAAGUAGCCACAGAUUUGUUACACUUCCCACCAACAAACUGCCGGUAUUUCACAGCAAGAGGCAAUGAUGAACCUAGAAAGAUCAGUAGCAGCUUAUUGUGCACACCCCCAACACUGCAGAGAGCCUGACCAGAGACCCCCAUGGCAGACUGGUUUCCCCAUUAUCAUCAUUUCCUUCUCUCUUUCUGAAUCCAGAAAAUACAAUAGAGGAGGAACAACAACAAAAUCAAUUUUUGCCAUUUUGUGGCAAUAUUGCACUCCACCAUUUACCAUUGUGGGUUCCCUUUCAUAGCUUCAGGUUUGCAUUUUGUACAGUGGAGCGAAACAAGUGUUGACAUGGUUAUUUGAAUCUUAAAACGAAACACGGCAACAAGAUCUUAGAAUAAACCUUACUUGGUUCCCCAGGAGACUGUCUGAUAGGGUUUAAUAAGUGAAAUCACGUAUGAAAAUUUUCUCUGACCCCCUGAGGGCUGAGCUGUAGGUCACCUUCACCUGACAUGAACCUCAGUUUAACUCAUUACAUUCUUCCGCAGCUCAUUAGGUUUUGUUUAGUCUUUUCAGGUUACAAAGAACAAUCCUCAUGAACAAUCAAUACCUCAGAAAAUAUUGAGUAGCAAAGCAAAUGGAUGAUUUGCACUUGGCAGGGCUUUAAGGUUACCUCCAACUGGAUUUUAGUAAACCUUCAUUUGCAAUUGGCAAGUCUAGGAGAACCUAACAGAUUGUAAGAACACAAUGGGCCUGAUUCUCCAUUGUCCUGCACCUUGUGAAGUCAUUUAAAUCUGUGUAAAGUGAGAAACCAUGCUUCCACUCACAUGAAUGGACAGUACAGAUUACAUGGUGUUUUACACUUGCUUUGCACCAGAGCAAAUGACUAAAGAUGCAAGGCAGUGGAAAAACCAGGCCGUGUGUCUCCACAGGACAGGGGUAGGGGAGGGAAAUAGGCCUUCUCAUUGUUUGUACCUUGUGUAGCCACUUACAAUUGUGCAAAGUGAAUGUAAAAUGCAGCCAAAUCAAAUAGGAGCAUUUUACACACACUUUUCAUAGGUGUAAAUAGCUAUGCAAGUUGAAAGACAAUGAAGAGUCAAGCCCAACUGGGGAUAUUCAGUCUUGAGGACAGACUGAAGGGGACCAGAAAAUCUUCAAAUAUGUUAAGUGCUGUGCCAAAGAGUAUGAGGAUCAAUUGUUCUCCAUAGCCACUAAAGGCAGGAUGAGAAGUAAACAGCUUAAUCUACAGCAAGGGAAAUUUAGGUUAUAGAUUAUGAAAAACUUUCUAACUAGAAGGACAGUUAAGUGCUGGAAUAGGUUACCGUGAGAGGUUGUGGAAUCCCCAUCAUUGCAGAUUUUAAAGAACAGGUUAGGCAAACAUCUGUCAGGGAUGGCAGCGUGGGGGUAUGGACUAGAUCAGUGGUUCUCAAAGCCGGUCUGCCACUUAUUCAGGGAAAACCGUGGCAGGCCAGGCCAGUUUGUUUACCUGCCGCGUCUGCAGGUUCGGCCAAUUGUGGCUCCCACUGGCCGCAGUUUGCCGCUCCAGGCCAAUGGGGGCUGCGGGAAGGGCGGCCAGCACGUCCCUUGGCCCGCGCUGCUUUCUGGAUAUCUAUAAAGCUGCAAUACUUUUAUUUUCCUUAGUGUGGUUAAUAAACAUAGUUAAAAUGUGAUUUAUAAUGGCUACAAGAACAUAAAAUAUUGAAUAUAAAUAAUGACAAAUGAACAGCAAUAAUGAAAUAUACUCAGCCCAAUUCAGCUCUUUUACAUCUCUGAAAACCCACUUGUGUCAGGGUUUUCAGAGAUAUAAAAUAGCAGACUUUGAGCCAAUAAAUGUCAUUAUCAAAACACUCUCAAAAUAUCAGCUGAAUUGUAUUAAAUUAGGUCAAUGUAACAUCACUGAAUAGGCUUUACAUAAUGCAAGUAAACUGUGUAUAUGUCCAUUGCCCUUAAAACUAAAGAAAUGAAGCCAAGGUUCAGAUCGUAUAGUGAUAAGCACUAUAGAAAUACCUAUAAAAUAGAAUUUGCAUAAAAUACAUGGGGCAUAUCCUCAGCCUCACUUCAUCCUAUUUGUACGCUCUUUCCUUUGUAUAAAUAUGUGUAUGUACUAAGUCACGUGUGACACGUGGGAGAAAAUCCAGUGUUUAGACUUGAUUUUGAUUUCACUCUACACUGGUGUAGCUACUCUUUGACUUUAUUUACUCCUGAUUACGUCAGUGUGAGAGCAGUGUGACAACAGGAUCAAGUUCCAUAUACUGAAGAGAAAAAGGUAAGAGUUAUGUGGAUAACCAUCUCAUUUAAAUUACAUGGCGUGUUACAGGCCAGAUUGUCCUUUCCUUUCAGCUCAUAGCCUUAUGCAAGAAGCAGCACAUAGCUGCGCUACCCCAAAAGGAGUCCAAGUAAGGCAGUAUGCCACAACUAGCAUGUUGCUACUAUCAGGAAUCAGCAUUUGCAGCAUAGCCAGUCUGGAAGCAGAGCCAGUCCCUAGGCUACCUAAUGAGCACAGCUGGCCUGUAGUAGGCUGCCUGAUUGGCUACAUUGCCUGAUUGGUUCGAAGAGUCAGCAGUCUGGUGCUUAAGCCCAGUGGCUGCUCAAAGCAUUUGCUCAUGGCUGUGAUAGCUCUUGUGUCUGCUUUUUUCUAGUCCUGUCCCUGUCCCAUUCCAGGUAACCUGGUCUUGACCUUUGGUGCUGAUUCCUGCUCUGACCAUUGAGUGUGACUACCCAUGUCCUGUUGCUUGAGAGCUACCCCACCCCAAAAUGACUCAGCUGUGCUAGUUGGUGCAUUGGGCCAGAGACACAGCUCCACUCAUUCCCCUUCCCCUCUUUAUCCAACGAAAGGAGAAGGGAGGAUGUACUGGGUGUGUAGCUGCUUUUCUUUCCCUGCACCUGAAGCAGAGAUGUGGUAAGAUCACACUGGGAUAGGUGGGUGUGUAUAGCUUUCUCCUCUUUAUGCCCCGGUGCAGGCAUGUAGAGGCAGAUCAAGACCAAGACCUGACCAUAGAAGCUGGUCAAGACUUGUUGGUCUAAUAUUUUAAAAGUGACUAAUCAUUUGGGUGCCCAACCCAAAGCACCUUAAAAAGGCCUGGUUUCCAGAGGGCAGGUGCUCAGCAAUUUCAGACUCUUUAAUGCUCUUGGGUGCCCAACUAAGAUCCAUUAAUCAGUCUUGAAAAUUUAGGCCAUUGCAUAUAAGGGAAAUGUAACUGAAAGCAUGAAAUAAAAAGGUUUUAUUUUAAAAAAAAUCUUAUGAACUAAGAAGAAAUUGCAGCAGCAGGACGCGAUGGCUCAGGAGAUUGGCAGUGAGCUGUGUAGUUUUAUACUGCUGUAAGAAAGGUUCAAAAUUAGUAGUGGUUCAUUGGUUCAAAUUCAAUAGUCACCAAAAGCUAUCUAAGAACUCCUCUGUAAACUCUAUGGCAACCUUUUUCUUUCUGAGCCUCCCCCCCACACGCUAUAAAAACUCCAGGGUCCACCUGUCCUACAAGAACUGUUUUUCUGCAUAUCCAAUAGAUUAAAAGUUGUAUUAAAUUGCUAGUUAUAUAAACACACACAUAUAAUAUAAAAAAGAAAAGGAUAAUAUAGGUACAAAAAUAAAAAACUGAAUAUUAUUUUUUUAGUUACUCAGCAUGAAACUUGUUGCUGGUGCUGACCCAUAGGCUGGGUGGCCCGCUAAGGUGAGUCAGGGUGUGAAGGUGGUACCACUGCCCAGGGCUGAAGCCUGGUUUAUUUUGGCAGACCCGUGAAACCUGCUUUUGGCCCCCCAGGGGACUGCAGACCCCUGGUGGAGAACUGCUGCUUUAUGGGCCAUGGUGAUAUUAGCCCAGUUCUUGUGGGAAAGAUGUCUGCAACACAGAAGUCACCACCAGAACUGUCUCAAAGUGGCACCUUUCUCAGUCUAAUUAAAGAAGGUAGCAAAUGGAAGGAUAUGGGGAUGGAAUUAGCUGUUCAUCACUAAAGAUGGUCCUUCCAAGUGGAGGCACAUUGUCAGGGUGCUGGGUGUGUGUGUGUGGAGAAGCUUGUGCUACCACUCUCCAUUCUGUUCCUUGUAGGAGAAUAAAAGAUCACUUCAUUUUGCAGGUCUGACAUCUUUGAGAGGCACUACAUUCCUAUCAGGAAGAACAAUAAAAGAAACAAAUGCAGUAAAGUCAAAGUUCCUGCUGUCUUAAUUUUUCCACGUUCGUGUAGCUUGGGGGUGUUGACAGCUUUGGCUGAGAAGCAACUAUUUUCAUAAUAUUGGUCUGUUCAAAACAAGAUCAUAUAGAUGAAUUGAAUAACAUUUGCUUUUUAAUGGGGAGACAAAUAGAAUUUGCACUGAGUAAUAGCUACAUAAUCCUGGAGUUUCUCUGAAAAGGAUAAAAGAAGAGUUGUUUGUGUUCAGUUUUAUCAAAUUUUAAAUUAAGUUACCGAGGAAAGGUUAGGAUAAAGCAUAAUUUGACAUUAAAGAGGAAGAAUAAUGCCAACUCCAUUGGUACUGGCUUUUCCAGGGCUUUUAUACAUAUGAGAAUAAGAUCUGUAAAUUAUAAAAUGAUACUGGGACCCCUUCUAAGAGACCUUCACCCUACCAUUUCUUGUCCAUCCAUUGUAAAAGAGAUAGUAUUGUUCUAUAUAGUUUAUCACCAUUAUUAGAGGCUUGAAUACCCUUGCUUUUCCCCAAAAGAAGAACUAAAUAUAGCUGAUACAGAAAUUCUUUUACAGCAGCGAUGCCAAGUUGUUGUUUUUAAACACGUCUGUGCAGAGAAGAAAUGGGCCCUUAUCCAUCUUGCCUUCCGGCCAAGCCAUUUAACCAGAACUGGGAAUACUGACAAAGUUUCUCAGUCUCCCGCUCUCUAACAGAAUUGUAUAAAAUAAAGCAACCCUUUCCAGCUAUCAGUAGGGAAACAGAAAGCCACAAAAUGUUCGUUAAAAUAUUAUGCUGCACAGGUUUUUUCAGGAAAGAAGCCAACAGUUGUGCAGCACAACAGUUAUAAUAAGGGGUAAAUGUCAAUAUGUAAAUCAAUAACUGGCUGGAUGCCACUGGCUUCUGGAUGGUUAGCUGAAGACUGAAAUCUUGCUGCUUCUAUUGUGUCCUGCUCACAAUGGUACAGAGCCAGUGCUACUAGAAGGAACCAAGCACAACAAUGCAAAUCAUGAAGCCCCUGAAGAACAUUUCUGCGCAUGGCUGCUUCUUGUAAUCAGCCAUGGAAUUUAAUGAGGCACCUGCAGUUUAUAGAUAGCCUAGUUCCAACAUAAAGUGCACUGAGAAUGCAAUGUCUGCUUCUUAAAAUUCAUCAGUAAACCAUACACUAGAAAGAGCUCACUGCAGCAAACAAUGCAUCCCAUCAGUUUAUAAUUCCAAGUAACCAUAUUCUCCAGAUAGAUGACCUACAAUGAAAUUGGAGGUUAAUUCAGAAGCCAGCAAGGUCUCCUAAGUAGCAGAAGAGUGAAAGGAAGGAGGGUAGUUAUUUUGAGUUAAUAUGUUUUAUUCACAUUUGAUUUUACUUUUUAUAAAUGAAGUAGCCACUGGAGUCAGUAGAUACUUCUGACAUGUGACAAGAGCAAUUAACUCUUUGUACACCUGACCCACAUCACAUGAGUUGGAUCAAGAAAUAAAGCUCAGCCUCGUACCAGUGCUUCUAGGUAUUAUGCAAUUUCUAUAGUCCUGAAUUCACUAGGCUGGUUACCCCUUCUCCUUGCACAGUAUGUUCCUUGCAGUAGAAACACAAUCUGAGGGGACCAGUGGCUCCCUCCUGUGUCCUGGGUGAAUGGUCUCCUCUUUCCUUUGCUCCUACCUUUACUUUUCUCCAGUGCCUUUGGUUGUUUCCCACCUGCUGCUGCUGCUACAGUUGGAGUGGUUACUAUAGUGGCUUUGCAUCUAGUUCUUCUUCCAUCUGCUUCUCCUCCAGCAACUCUGCUUCUAAGUACAUCUCAGCCAUUGCAGACAGUUGGUGUCAGAUCACGCAUCCCCGAACCCUUCAUGUAGCUGACCUAAAUGCAUCUUUAAAAACCGCAGCUCUAUUAACUCUAAGGCCUGGUCUACACCUAAAAAUUAGAUCUGACCUAACUACAUCGCUCAGGGCUGUGAAAAUUGUUGCUCUCUGUGAGACAUAGGACAACCUAACCCCCAGUGUAGACACAGCUAAAUCAGUGGAAGAGUUUUACCAUCUCUCGGAGAGCUGGAUUAACAAUAUCAACAUAAAAACCCCUUCUGUCAAUGUAGGAAGCGUCUACACUGUGGCACUACGUUGCUGAGUUAGAUGCAGGACUCACUGAAUUAAAUUUAUAGCCAGUGUUAUGGAGGAGGUCAGUUUAUGUGAUCAUAAUGGUUUCUUCUAGCCUUCGAUCUAUGAAUCUAUUCCCAUCUAAUCAAGAAUGGCCAGGCUCAUGGUCUGUGGCAUUGUCCUCUCCCAGGACUCUAUAGGUUGCUUGUGACUCUCCUGUUAGGAGUGGAGUUGGACAAUCCAGGACUACUCUCACUGAGCUGCAGUGGCCAUCUGGCUGAAUGUAAUCAGACAUGCUUCUGGAUUACCAUCUAGUUCCAUUUUAGAUGGGUGUACUCUUAGACUUGCAGGAAGCGUAGGUGGUAGUUUAUUACAAGUAAUCAAUAAAGAUAACCACUAUCCCUCCCUAUAGCUGCCCUUCUGCAUUUGUGGAAUGGGGAUUUUAUUGAUGAUUAGAAGAUGGGAUGGGAUGUUCUUUGCAGCACUUUGAAAUAAUUCAACAACAACAUCUGCUAAAAAGGAGCCCCUCUGAAACAGUGAAUUCACAGAAAAAUAAAAGGCUUGUUGCUAAGAAUUACAGAUAUUGUCACCUACUGAGUAAGCAACUGGAAAUCACCGGCAUUAUUCCCUGAAUCUAUAAUACAUUCCAGGCUUUAUUAUCUUGGACUAGCAUAUGUUAUUGCCACAGCAAAGAAUUCUGUCAAACUUCUUCAUGUGAUCCAUUCACUAAGUGCGUCUCAAGCUUCACAGGAAAUUGGCUAUGAAUUAUUUUGUAACCAUUGACUACGGCAUGUUGACUUUAAACAUCUGGGAUUAAUAUUUGAAGUCUUGGUCUAAUUUUGUCAUAACCUGUAAAUAUCUGACACUCGCCUUAAAAUUUUUCCUGGAAUGGCAUCCCUUGGAGAUUUUUAACACAUGUUAUAAAGUGUAAUCUGUGUUAAGAUUGAGCAGUACUUCUACAGGAUAGAAAGAGAGGGGUAGAUUUGUAUUGUUAGUUAUUAGAAAUACAUUUAACAGCAGCAGGAAAAAAGUAAGCUUCAUUCUGCUCCACUUUUGUUGUUGAAUAUAGUUUACUUGUCAGUUUCAUGUCAUGUAAACAUCCCAUUCUCCGCUCCCCCCCCCCAAAUUUACAGUAGUUAUGUCUCACUUGCCAGAACCUCAGAUGAUGUAAAUGGACAGAGCUCCACUGAAGUUAAUGGCGUUGCAGCUAUUUACACCAUCUGAGAUUUGGCCUAAAGUGUUUAAAACUGGAAGUGUGGCAUAUUGCCUAAUCCUGGCACAAUGACUUCAUGCUUAGUCAAAGCAGAUGCACAAACUGGUCACUCUUAUGUGGUACAUACUGGUUGGCUGACAAUCACUGCUUUAAAGACAGCAGUCCUAUAGCAGCCUCUCACAAAAGGGUUUAGGUAGAGCAGGUAAAUUUUUGGCAACAAACUUUGAAAAAAGUGAAGUCUUCAUUACUUUCCACCUUUUUUUGCAGAAAUUUUCAAAACAGAAAAUUUCAAGCUAACUGAAAAUAGAAAAAAGCUGACAGCAAAUUUUCAGCUAGUUCUGGUUUCAGGGAAUAAUUUUAGUGGAGGCUUCAGAUGAGAAAGUCUUUUUAAACGACCCCGUACUACUGCAUAUAUUGACUCUAAAAUGGAUACCUAGAGAGGAAUUGUGGGGCAGAUUGUCACCUGAUAUAAUCUGGCAUAAUUCCAGUAAAUUCGAUGGGGAGCUACACUGAUUUACACCAACUCAGGUUCUUGCCCUGUAUAUACAUUUUUGAUCUGGCACAACAUGUACUACUGCUCAAGGCAGUCGGAAAUGGAAAGAAUACGUGGUCACUGAUCUGUGUUAAUUCUUUUGUGGAUAUCUUGUAAAGGGGCAAGUUGGUUUUGAAUAACAGGAUGUGAGCAAAUGGCAUUUCUACUGUUCUCCAGACAGAAUAUAGAAUCCAUCUCAUAUCUUACUUCCUAGGGUUUGGCCGUCCUUAAAUAAUAACAAAAGAACACAAACCUCAGUCCUUUUUCCCAAAACCUUGCCAUUCUUAGCCCUUCCUGGUGAAUCUCUGUAUUUCCACCCCUCACAGCUUCUGACCAUAGGCUUGCACCACCUCUUUUAUAACCUGGUGAGCCAAGAAGUCACGUUUGUCACAAUGAGUCAGCAAAAUUUAGUCAGCUUUACAAGAGAGCCCUAUAAGGUUACAGAUUGUACCAUCUGUUAAAUGGGGCCAUAAGGAACCCCAGGGUUAAUGGUUGAUUUCUAAAGACUGAAACAAGCAAGCAUUUUAUAAAAUACAUGUUGGUUGGCUGUUUAUUUUUUAAGAGAUUUAAAUGUGAGCUUUUUCCGUAUUUCGUGCUGCCAGGUGCUUGUCUUGUUAUCUACUUGGGAACUUAUAGGACCCCAUCUCCACAGUAUCUGAGUGUCUCACAAACAUUAAUGGAUUUACUCUCAUGGCACUUCUGUGCAGAAGGGGAGUCUAUUAUUCCCCUCCCCCUUUUUUUUUUUACACACAGAUGGGGAACUGAGGCCCAGAUGGGUGCUCUAACCACCAGGCAAUAGGCUGCUCUGAGAGAAAGCCACCUUACCCAUCCCCUACCCUGCCAUCGCAAAGGAACAGAAACCUCAAUCUAUAAAGGUGCUUAGGUGCCCGAAUCUUGAUUUACACACCUAAAUCCAAGCUUUUGGCUCCACUGCAAUCCUGUCAAACUGUGAGACACCCAGUUGCACUACAGUGAUUGCUCAUGGGCAUGGUGUUCAUGUCAGCAACAGAAUGAGGCUUCCAAACUCUCUGCAAAUAGAUCCUGACCCAAACUUGACUCCCAUGAAAUGAAAGCCAACCACAUUAAUUACUUUCUAUAGCAUAUUUCCCAAAGUGCACCAUUCAGGGUGGAGUUCUAAUCAUACUGAAGUUUUAUAAAGCAGAUGGGUAUGGACUUCUUGCUGAUGCAUGUUCAUAACUGUUCAGGCAGGGCAGAGCAUCCAAAAAAUUGUGGGACAGAGGAAUGACGGAAAUAAUUCUGAAUUAAAUACUACUGAUUGUUCCAGUAGUGGUGUAAUAGUAAACAUGAGAGGCAGUGUGGUUUAGUGUGGAGGGCACUAGACUGGGAAUCAGGAGACCUGGGUUCUGUUCCUAGUUCUGAUACUGACCAGUUGUGUGUUCUUGGAUGAUCAAUUCACCAGUCUGUGCUGUCUGACUUGUCUAUUUAGUGUGCAAGCUAUUCAGGACAGGAACUGUCUCACUAUGGUUAUGUCUACACUCUGAGCAAGGAGUGUGAUUUUCCUGCUCAUGUACACACACUCGCUCUCAUCAUGCUAGUGCGAAUAUAAUUAGCAGUGUAGCAGAGGCACAGCUAAACCAUGCUGCUGCUGCUGUGGAUACGCUGCUUGAUGAGAGCUAGCACGAGUAUGUCCACACGAGUAGGGAAUCACACUCCUCAUUUGUAGUGUAGACGUAGCCUAUGUGUUUGUGCAGUGCCUAAUACAAUGUAGUCCCAAUCUAGGUUGGGACCUCAAAGUGCUUUUUUAAUACAAACAAUAAUCAGUGUAAAAUGGCACACUAUCUGAGCAAGCAUUCAAAUAUUGUCCAAAUCACAAGCUAGUCCAUAAUGAAUAUGUUCAAUGAUAUUACCUGGCUUUCCAGCUUUUACUGAGCCAUCUAGCUGACGUGGCCAUUUAUAAUUAACAUAAUGAAUAUUAAUAAUUCAUGCAAUAAAAUAGUGAAUUGUUACAUAAAUAUUUAUUCAAUUUUUAUGCAAAGGGAAACAAUAAAAUGCACUUUUUUUGCAAUGAACUAUUUUUUUUAAUACUACACACAUUAAAAGGAGGCUGGAUUAUUGUUCUAAGAAUUCUGCUCCAUUAUGCAGCAUUAAGCAUUUACAGCUGAUUUGAACAAGUUAGGCUUUGCCUCAGAUUUCCCUGAGGUACUGUGUGAAACUGCAUUAUAAAGUGAGUAUUGUUGAGACCUGAACAGAAACUGACUCUUCAGACACUUGAAAAUAAAAAUGAUAUGUUGCUAAAAUGCGGCCAACAGGUCUAUUACACUGUGAAUGUCUGAUAGUUUUCUUUAACAUUGCCUGUCUUAAAAAUUAAUGAUGCAUAUUUUUACUGUCACCUCAUUACUGAUAUGAUAGUAAACAUGGUGGAUAGGAAUCUAGCUAAGAAGGCAUGGAUAAAUAUGUUCUUUUAUAUAAAGGAAUCACCAGGUUCACCAGAAGAGCAUCAUCCACCCCACUCCACCUCACUCCCCACUGAACUUAUACUGCUCUAGUUAUUUACCUGACAGUAUUACCAUCCUAUAUUCUUCUUUUUAACAGUUUAUAAGUCUGUUAUAAAAAUUCAUCUGAAGUUGAAACAUUGUACAUAAGAUCUCAUCACAGAAACAGAUUUUUUUUGGGUGGACAAAUUUUGAAAAAGAAAAUGAGUUUAGAUGUGUUUAAGUUACAAAGCAGAAAAAAAGUUUUCUGCUACAACACCUUUCAAAAUUUAAAAACCGGUUUAACGUUUUUAAAACUCCCAUCAGCUAAACACUUCUUUAUUCUACUUUAGCUAACAGGUUAAUAUCUACCUAAUCUACAUGUCGAGCUAGGCGUGUGAUUCCCAGCUCACGUACACAUACUCGUGCUAGCGCUCAUCGAGCUAGUGCACUAAAAAUAGUAGUGUAGCUGUGGUAGCACAGGCAGCAGUGAAUGGUGGCACGAGCCAUCCUAAGUACAUACCCAUUGCCUCCAGGCAUGCUUGCAGGUGGGGGAGCCAGCUUGUGCUCCUGCUUGCUGCUACCCAUUCUAUGGAAGCUACACUUCAAUUUUUAGUAUGCUCUCUCCGUGAGAGACGUGUAUACCCCUAGCUCAACGUGUAGCUAUAGCCUAUAUGUCUCUAACUAGGGAAUUAAUGAAGAUGUAUAUAGCUGAUUUCAAGCUGGCUUGGAUUGGUGCCCAUGUAUUUGGAGCGACGGGUUUUCCAUUACAGCAGUGCAUUUACUCUACUUUUUUUUUUUUUUUAAAUUUGCAGAAUUCUGAUUCUAUUGCUCUCCUUUUUUAAAUUUAAAAGGAACCUCAGUGGCAGAAUAUCUAGUUAGUCAUAGAAAACUGAAAACCAUCAGGACAAAGCAAGGUGUGCAUGUGGCCAUAAGAUAACACAUGCCCUGAAAGAGAUAUGAUGUAAAACUUGAUACUUUUACUAGCCUACAAAGCAUUUUCCCUCAUGGGAACUCAAGCCUUGAAAUUCUGAAUCAUAAUUGAGGACAAGUCUUCUAUUUUUUUUUAAAUACUAAGAACACUAGAGAGCCAUCAACUGAUAAGUGUUUGAAUUUGUACAGAUCAUACAGGACUUUACACUACUGGUUGCAAACUUACAAGGAUAGACAGGAACCUACAAACUGCACUGCAGGAAGGCAGCACUAUUCUUUAUUUCUGAUUUCCCUCUAUACACCUAUGGCACAUUAAAGUAGUUCUUUUUCCAUGAGUGGAAACUUGCCUCACUUCUUUAAAUUGUAAAUACAGGAGCUUUAAAAUAUCCUAUAAAUAUGUAGGUCCUGAUGCAGUAAAAAAUUACUGCUCCGAUACUAUGGCAAUGGGUGUUGUGUAAGAACUUAAAGAGAUAUCUGCAUCCUUUUGGACUGUGCAAUCACAGAAGGCUUUUUAGAUAGCAGCUUCACAGCUGGCUAACCUGUUCUUUAUGAUUCUGAUUCAACAAAACACUUAAGCACAUCUGUAACUUUUAGCCUGUGGGCAGUGCCAGUUGACUGAAAUGGAACUACUCACUAUUUAAAGUUACACACGUAUUGUAAGUGUUUUUCUGGAUCAGGGUCUAUGCUUGCUAAUACUCAUGCUAUGAUAUAAAUGUACAAUAAUUAGGGAAAAAUAGAUUUUCUGGACUAGUGCAUUUGAACAGCAAGUUACUGUGUUAGAGCCCAAUCCUGCAAACACUUAAUCAAAUGACUGACUUGACUCAUGCAUAGUCUCAGUGAACUCAAGGGGCCUAAACAUACUUACAUGCACAAGUGCUUAGAGGAUCAGAUCUUUCAGUGAAAGGAGCUAACAUAUGUUUUAGUUAAAUUAGCACACUGGCAUAACUCCUUCUGAUUUAAUACUUUAGUUGCUUAGUAAAUGUGCAAGACAGGACUUCUAAAGUAUUUUUAAAAUAGUUCAUUUUUUUAAAAUAGUGGACUAUGCUGUCAUUAAUUACGGCAGCACAAUUAAAGCCAAUUAAGCUUUGGCAGCCUGUCCCCUUAAAUGAAAAUGGGAUUAUGUCCCAUGGAUUCUGACAUGGGAAUCUAGGCUACAAAAUGGAAAUUAUCCCUCAUAUCAGCACUUACGUAAUUUGGCAACCAGGAGUGAUCAAAAGCUGCUGGCUAGUGUGAACUGUCUGUACUAAAACAGGAUUUUACUUACUCUACAUACUCUGCACAUUUUUUAACAUCUGUAAUAAAAUAUGCUGUGCAUGUAUGUACAGAUAUAUAUUUGGACUGCUGUCUAGCUGUAAUAAAAUUAAAAUUGUUCUUGAAGUUAACAGCUAGAUUCCAGGAGCUAGGAUUUCCUACUGCAACAAAAGAAGACACAUUAAGGUCUAAACAUCUUGAAAAUUUCUACAUGUGAACGAACUUAACUGAUCUUAUAUGUUGUUUUUCAUAUGCACUUGUUUUCUUUAUCAAUAUUUUUAAAAAAGUGAAAAGUCUCCAAG